UGUUACGUCUAGUUUAUGAGACAAGGCUGGGAAAGCACUAACCAUUCUGUGAGCUAUGCGAUGCUGCAAAGCGCACCGUGCGUAGAUCAGCAAAACGCAGAAUCUUCGCAGUGGAUGGAUGCAAACGGAGUAAUGAAAGAUGCUUUAGCCUAGAUGAAUCUAACGGGCAUUUCCUGGACAGCUGUGUGUCAGUAAAAAUUGACACUUUGAAGCGAGUGGUGCAGUGGAUGAUAUUCUGAUGGGUUGUGGAGGAAGCCGGUCCGACACAAUAAUCGAACCGAGGUAUCAUGAAAGCUGGACCCGAGAAACCGAGUCGACAUGGCUCACCAAUACAGACGCCGAGGCUGCUCUUUCUACUAUCAACAGUAAAGGGCUGGAGGGUAUUCAGAAGGAGAAGAGGAUGAUGGUGACCACAGGGACCCAGUGUGGGAAGCAGACCCUCACCAGCUCUGGACCCAACCACUGGCGGUCCUGCCACGAUGUAGGCCUCACUCAAACAAAAAAAGAGUCCAGAAGGAGAGCAUCUAAGGAGGUGCCUGCUCCGUCUAAAGCGGUCCAGUCUGUCAGUGGCAGUGGGGACACCGUCCCACUCAGUCAGGCCGCUGAUGAAAGGUGAAAACAGCCAGAGGAGGUUGGAGAACGAUGAUCUACUGUCUGGUUGAGCUGGAAUAGUCCUGGAGGGUUGAGCUGGAAUAGGCCUGGAGGGUUGAGCUGGAAUAGGCCUGGAGGGUUGAGCUGGAAUAGGCCUGGAGAGUUGAGCUGGAAUAGGCCUGGAGAGUUGAGCUGGAAUAGGCCUGGAGAGUUGCAGACGAGUCCUGAUUCCUGGUCACAAAUGUUGCCUGUGUUCCAAAUGGCACCCGAUUCCCUAUGUAGUUCCCUAUGUAGUUCCAUAUGUAGUGCUCUAUGUAGUUCCCCAUGUAGUGCUCUAUGUAGUUCCCAAUGUAGUGCUCUAUGUAGUGCUCUAUGUACCCUACAUUACUCAUCUCAUAUGUAUAUACUGUACUCGAUACCAUCUACUGCAUCUUGCCUAUGCCGUUCUGUACCAUCACUCAUUCAUAU